AUGGGUUGGUUCUGGGCAGAUUCACAGCAAAAGCCGACGCCUGCGGCUCCAAAUCCUCUGGCUUCCUCUGAUGCCUCUCCUCCGCCGGGAUGCCCGAUGCAUGCAUCUAAUGCGCCUCCAGCCUUAGCGACGCCUCCGGCCUCUGAUGCUCCCAGCUCUUCCUGCCCUGUUAGACCUACAGACUCUCCGUUCUUUGUGCCUAAGACGACCCCGACAGCAUCUCCUCAGCCCUCCGCUGCUUCGGAAGCGCGGUCGACUCUGUCCAAACUGAAUCCUCUCAACUACAUGUUCUCCUCUAUCUCUCAAGAACGGGCACCCAACCAGACUAUGGACCUGCCAGUGGAGCGAGAGCCCUCUUCCAUUCCCAGGGGCGAUGCAGAGGGCAACUGGGAGUAUCCUUCUCCUCAGCAGAUGUACAACGCCAUGCUACGGAAAGGCUACACCGAUACGCCGCAGGAUGCAGUUGAAUCCAUGGUUGCGGUGCACAAUUUCCUGAACGAGGGCGCUUGGGCUGAGAUUGUUGGAUGGGAGCGCAUAUUUGCCAAGGGUCUGGGAUCAGCUUGGGACAUGUGCCGACGCGGUGAAGAAGGCAUUGCUUUUGAGGCAAUGAAACAGGAGAUGAUGGGGACGACCGACCAGAGCACCGAACCUCGACUCCUUAGAUUCCAGGGUCGGCCCCACGAGCUGACCCCCAAGGCAAAGAUUCUUCAGGCUUUGGGUUGGGUGUAUCCUGCAAAGUUUGAAACGAGCCCGCCUUUUGAUCGCCACGAUUGGUUUGUGCUGCGACAAACGCCGUCAGGCCCGAAAGAAGUCCGUUACGUGAUUGAUUACUAUUCCGGCCCUCCUGAGCCCACUGGCGAGCCAGUGUUCUACCUUGAUAUCAGACCAGCUUUGGACUCGCCUACAGCAGCUGUGGAGCGACUAAUGAGAUGGGGUGGUGAUGUCUGGUGGAGAGCCAGCGGUGGUGCAGUGCGCGAGAAUAGUAAUAAGUGA